ACCACUAACAUGGCAACAUCUGGCGUGAAUUUGGCUGUGACCAAAGACGGAGAGUCUUACAACAAGUUAUCGCGACCCGACGGUUACCUCCUACCGACACAGCCUCCUCCGCCAUUCACGUCUGCUCUAGUAACUCCCGGCAGCAAGAGAAAGCACGAGCAGGAAAACGCGUCGGAAACAAAGCGCGCAAAAACUGAUCGUAACAAUUCGCGCACCAAGGGGAAAUCACGCGCCAAUGAACAGUUCCGGGAGCCAGGCGUACGAUCAGUGCUCCCAGGGCUUGAGGGAGAGGAGCAUUUGACAGACGAGUCAAUAGAUGAGGCAGUGGCAUACCUUCAAAGUGUCAGGUCUGAAGCUUCAGCAAUACCUACCCUCCUCGUCGCCCCGGCCGACGUGCACAGCACUAGCAGUGAUCAUGGCAACGACAAUCGCAAUUCGAAUAAACCGACCGUAGGCACACAGCGUACUGUAUACAACGAUGGUACCUGGGUUGCUCUAGAAAGCGAGAGUGAGGGUGCAUCAGAGUACUGGGACGGGGACGUAGACGAUCUCGACCCGCAGGAGAGCUGUCAAUGGGCGCUCAUUCAGCGAUUCUGCACUCUCCGCAACAGACUCUCUUCAAUCCGGGAACGUAAGCCAUCUUCGGGGAAAACACCAGGUUCCCGAAAAACAAAACGCAGCGACCAGUCUGGAAAGCACUACUGGGCGGAAGCCAUUAGUCGUGACUAUCCUACACUAGAGGAAGUCACUCAAAUGGACGAAUCGACUUUAUAUGUGGCUCUGCAUGGCUGUGCAUUCGCACUGGAUCGAUCUACUGAGGUAUCACGUCAGAAGAGCUGCUGGAUAUGGACACUACUAGCCUUAACGGGCGACUUUGGGACUUUGGAUCAUGAGAGAAUCGGCAAGAUUCGGGAUCUGGGUCUUGCUGCUAGCCGUCUGGUGAAAAGACUCUCUAGCAGAAGUCUAGAGGAGCAAUGUGCUCCAGAGGGCGAAGCAAGAGACAACGAGUCUGAUGAUGAACCCGGUGACGAUUCAAGUUCUGCACUUGUGAAAGAACAUGGCGACUCGAUAGCCAACGCGGACAACGGUCUAGAAAGCGGUGAGGUCAUGGAUGACAAUGCGGGCGAUUCUGGUGCAGAAAUGGCCAUCUCAGAAGAGGAAGAAGAGUCGUCAGAUGCAGCCGAAGAUGGAGACCUCGAGAAAGCCAGAGCACGUCUUCUCGCCCAACUUGGAGAUCGUUUAGUGCAGCCAGCAGUCCCACCAUCAGACGCACCAGUCGAGCCAUCUGCAGCAUCAGGUAUCAAGCUGCUUUCCCGAGCAGAGGCUGAGAGACAACGACAGGAGAUGCGCAACAACAAGCGUCAAAAAGAGAAUGUCACACGUGCAUCAGCCUCUACAUCUCAUGCUACACAGACCACGCGUGCAGGGCUGCAGAGCACGCCUUUAACCGAGAGUGAUGUAGAAACACAGGCGGCAAUCGACAUGAUUCUGACGAUUGUGGCCGAGUGUUAUGGACAGAGGGAUUUGCUCAAGUUUCGAAAGGCAUGGUGAACGUAUGAAGCGUGUUUAGAUACCCCCUACAGCGAUCAUAAAAUUUAAUACAUAGACUUCAGUUUGCAUACAAUCAAAUCAUACAAGCAUG